AUGAUCAAGCAACUUGACGCCUCCAGCGGUCAAUCAAUCAAGCUCGACGAGCUGGGCCCGAUGGUGGUGAACAGCGAUGGCACGCUUUCUCGCAUUGCGAACUGGGUAUCUAUGACCGACUUGGAGCGUGAACGCACUCUUCGCGUCCUUUCCGCGAGAAAUAAGAUACGCCUUUCUAACGAGGACAAGAAGCAGGGGGCAGAUGCAAAAGCAUCGGGACCAACCUCCGAAGCACUGUCCAUUUUGGAGAAGGAUAAUAAAAUUCUUGAGACAGAUGGGGAGGCUGGGCUCUACAGAACCCAUUAA